AAAUUUAGCAAAAGCAAAUUUUAAUUUCUUAGAUAUUAAAAGCAAAUAUAAAAAGUAGAAGAUUUAAAAAUUACAGCUUUCAUUUAAAAAGACUUCUUAUUUAAGAUUUGUAAGUAAUUUAACUGCAAGAUGAAUGCUGUUCAUGUCAAAGUAUUUAAACUUACUAAAGAAAAUAUUUAAAAAAAAUAUGAUUCACCUAGCUAGGAAUUAGAUUUUGUUCCUGAUUUUAAAGCUUUCAUGAAAUAAAGAGAGCCUUAUAACAAUUAUCUUUAUUCUAACGAGCACUACUAAAAAGUAAAUAUAAAAUACCCAGUUUCUCCAUCAUCACCUAAGACAAGUUAUAAAAAUACAAUCUCUCCACUACAAAGCCCUAUUUUAUCAGAGCCUAGCCCUCUAACAAAUGUUUUCUUCCAUCAGCAAGAAAAUUCAAAUUCAAAAAAAUAAAAAGUAGAAUUAAAUAAUUUUUAAUAGUAAUAAUUUCAAGCCUCAGAUUAAAGCUCCAAUAAAUAGAAUAAUUAGCAGCAUCAGAAUCUAAAUAAAAAGGAUUCAUUCUUUGCAAUUCACUCUAGAAGUCUAAACCAAAAAUUCUAGUAGCAAUAGCAGGGCAAUUCCUUAGCUCAGUAAAGAAUUUAAUCCUCUCCUAAACUAAAUAUUUCAAGAAAUUCUUAAUCGCCAUUAAAUUAUUAUGAAAAUUCUUUAUGUUCUUAAUCAUCUCCUUAAAUGCUCGGAUUGAACUCUCACCCAUAACUAAAUUAAACUAAAAUGCUUUAUAUUAGUAAUAGUUUCAAGCGUUAAUAAACUCCUCUUUAAAACAUAUUAAUUUAACAAAAAAUCGAAACUUAAAAAAAGAUCAAAACAGAAAAAUAAUAAUUAGAAUAGUCACUCAAUUUCUUGCUAUAAGACAAUGACAAAUAAAACUACUUAAGUAGCAAAGAUUUGACAAGUUUACCUUUCUUAAUAAAUCAGCAUGCUAAUUAAAUUCAAGUUAGUGAAAAUCACUUACUCACAAAUAGUUAGAUGAACAAUAACUAUUCUUAGGAAUUAAAUAGCAAAGAACAAGAAUUCUAAUAAGAAGAAGAAAAAUCUAUCCAAACUUUUACGUCCCGAAGGAACCUUUUCAUUGGUAAUAAUAUUUGCAAAAAAGGUAGACCUUAAAGUUCUAAGUUUACUCAUGAAAAAAGCUUAGAAGAUUAAAAAAAUAAUAAUUUAAAUGUUAGUAUUCCAUAUAAAAAAUAAAAUCAAUUUAUUGUAAGAGGAUUCUAAUUAAAAAAAUCCUGA